UUUACAGUCCGUUUCUGUGCGUUGAGCUCUCAGAGCCACCGUACAUUUCAGAGCAGCAAACUAAAAGCGAAAGUGUGAGGGAAGAGAUAAAUUUUGCUGAGAGCAUUGUCGUGAGAGGAGAAGUGUCACAACCAUCUGUUACCGUAACUCCCUCAUUUAAAAAGCGCACAGGAGGUGUUGCACAUAGGGUUUAAAGUGUCAAGCAGCACCAUCUUUAGCCUUGAGAAGAUUCAUGUGGAAGAUGAGAGACCAGCGUAAUAUUUUCCUUCUCACCUACAUGGUGGCUCUUGCAGCUCCUCUUUCUUUGGCUUUCAACAUUGAUGCAAUAAAUCCCGAUGUCUAUGCUGGUGAAAAGAAAGAUUUCUUUGGAUACAAAGUGCUUCAGUUCACGUCUGGCACAGACAAAGGGAUAAUCGUCACUGCGCCGCUGCAGCUCAAUGGAUCUGGAGGAGUAUGCAGACCUUACAAAAACCAAAGCACCCAGUGUUUCAAUGCUGAAGACAUUACUAUGAAAGACGAAACGUUACCAGUGAAGCUCCUCGGCCUGUCGAUCGCCGCAGACUCCACAAGCUCCCAGUUCAUUGUUUGCAGCCCAAGUGUAGCCCAUGAAUGUAAUGAAAACUCCUAUCUGAACACUGUGUGUUACAAGAUGACAUAUAGUCUUCAGACAAUCUCCUCUUUCACUCCUGCUUUCCAAGAAUGUACCAAAAAGACAGUGGACCUUGUCUUUCUUGUUGAUGGAUCAGGCAGUAUGACCGGAACUGAGUUCAACAAAAAUAAAGAUUUCAUAGUGGAUUUAAUGGCCAGCCUUAAGAACACAUCAUUCAAGUUCUCAGCAGUUCAGUUCUCCUCAGAAUCCAGGACGGUAUUUGACUUCAACGACUAUCAAGAUGGCAGCGCUCUUAAAAAACUAAAGAAAGAACCCCACAUGGAGGAUCUGACCAACACACAUGGAGCCCUCGAAUUUGUGAUGAUAAAUAUCUUGGAAAACCUAACUGCAGGUGCCUCUCCUGAUGCAAUUAAAGUUCUGGUAAUGAUCACAGAUGGCGAGCCCAGUGACAGAGACAAUGGGAUUAUUAAAAAAUAUGAUGAGAAACAGAUCAUUCGCCUUGUCAUUGGGGUCAAAUACGCUCAGUUAGAAAAAUUCACAGCCAUUGCUUCAAAACCAGCAGACCAAUAUGCCUUUAAAAUCGAGGACUACAACGGACUGAAAGGAAUACUGGAAAAGUUUCAAAAAAGGAUUUUUAAAAUGGAAGGCUCCAGUGUGGCUCGAGGAGGAGACUUGAAGGAGGAAAUGGCUCAGAGUGGAUUCAGUGCUGUCUUCUAUAACAAUACGUUGAUCCUGGGUUCAGUGGUCUCAAAGAGCUGGGGGGGCUAUCUCCAAGAGAUCCAUGAAGGAAAAGAAACAAAAAUUGAAGAUCUACCAAUGAAGAAGGACUCUUUCAUGGGAUACUCCAUCUCUGUUGGCAAGAGGGACAAUGCUUCUCUAUACUUUGCGGGUGCACCAAGAUUUGAGCACACAGGACAGGUCCUACUUUUCAGUCGUGAUGGUGGUAAUUGGGCCGCAGCCCAAUCACUAAAUGGUACCCAGAUUGGCUCCUACUUUGGUGCAGAGCUGUGCUCAGUAGAUAUAGACUCAGAUGGUAACACUGACUUCCUGUUGGUGGGAGCUCCCCUGUUCUAUCAGCCCCAUGAGGAGAAAGAAGGCCGGAUCUAUGUCUACAUACUGUCUGAGGAGAUGCAACUGGAAAUUGUACUAAAUGUGACAGCAUCCAUGGGCAGAUUUGGCACCACCAUUUCCAGCCUUGCGGAUCUUAACGGAGACGAACUCCGAGACGUUGCUGUUGGGGCCCCCCUUGAGGAUGAUAACAGAGGGGCUGUGUACAUCUACCUUGGUGACAGACACAAUGGCAUACGCAGCACUUUCAGCCAGAGAAUCAUGGGACAGGAAAUAAGACCUGAGAUGAGAUUCUUCGGACAGGCCAUUGAUGGGCGCAUUGACCUCGGAGAGGAUGGACUUCCAGAUAUUUUGAUCGGAUCACAGGGCAUGGCUGUUGUCUUAAGGUCCCGUCCUGUCUUCAACGUCACCGCACAUCUCUCUUUUCUUCCUAAGGAAAUAAGCACUGAGGAGAUUAACUGUGUGGACAAAACAGAUGAAAGUUUACCCAUGGGGAUCUUACAAGUCUGCUUUGAAAUGGUAGAAAGCACAAAGAGCAAAGCCGACGUGAUGAGCUCAGGACUGAACAUCUCAUACAUGCUUAAUGUGGAUCCAGUGAGACAAACCUACCAAGGUUUCUUUGGAAAUGACAAGAAAGCCUGGAGUCUUACUUCCACCUGCAACCUGACGGCUAAUGAAACUUGCUUCCAGUACCCUGUCAACAUGCCUAAAUGUCUGAAAGACGCUUUUUCACCCAUCACCAUCAAAUUCAACUUUUCCCAAGUCGACAGUGAGAGUGCGAGUGCCGUCCUGAACGUGGACAGCAGCAGGUCGGCUAGUGUUGAGGUUCCCUCUUAAAAGCAAUGUGCAAAAAACAACAACUGUGUUGCUGAGCUCGAGGUGGAUUUCAUGUACCCCCAAACUUUCGUCCCAUCCAGUGCAAACCCGUCCUCAUCCUCAUCAUCAUCAUUCGUCACCAUCUCCUUCGUCCUCAGCAUCCUCAGCUUUGUCCUCAGCUUCAGCUUCACAGCAUCAGCACCAGCAUCCACAGCAUCAGAUCAGCUUCAGGCCAGGUGUUUAAGCUUGCCUGAAGAAAAGUGAUUAAUUUACUGCGAUGCUUAAUUGAGAUUAAAGUAGAUUAUAUAAGUUUAUAAUUAAAAAAGAAACUAACAAAAUAAUCUAAACAAAACAUACCCUCCUUUGAUAGUCAACAAUUUCAAUAAAACUUUUGAGGAGUGGUCGGCCAAAUCAGUGGACAUUAAAAAUAAAAUUAAACAAGUGGCAGAAUAGUGACAGAAAUCUUUGGCAUUUCAUGAAAUAUUAAAUGAUCAACAAGCUGAAUUUCAAGUAUUUGUGUUCAAACCCUUUUCCAAAAUGUAUUGACUGCUCCAUUAUACGAUAAUUCAGAAGCUUUGACGUCAAACUGUCCUGUGAUAAAACAGGAAUCACAUACAAAAGGACAAAUGUGUGAGACAUGAGAUUCAACCAAACGUUUCAGAGUUGACAGCUGAAAGAAAACAAUUUAAAAGUUAUUCUGCCACAAUUUCCUUCAUAAUAAAAUUAAAAACAAUAAGUAGAGUGUUGUAAAUUCAGCUAAAUAGAUCCCUGUAACCUGGGUAUGAACCAGAAUCACAUGUUUAAGCAUGCAGCCCUCAUCUUUAGCCUCUCAGUAAUUCCUUAUUAUAUUUUUAGUUAGUUCUCGCCUGUAGGGAAUGAUCUCUGACCUGUUAAUGGAUAAGCCUAGAACAUGGGUCUUUGUCUUUCUGCACGAGGCAUGUUUUUUAUGGAUACACCAUUUCAUUUGUGUUGUAUGCUUGGACACAUGCAGUUGUGUCCGGCUGAACCACGAGAUUUGGGAUGUUGUUUUGCCUUGGGUCGCAACCUCCCUAUAUAAUGUGUGCUCGACUCCUGCAAAGGCAGACUUUCACUAUUGGUUUGUGAUGUCUCCGGGUAUACCAUGGUAUCCGUCUGACCUGUGAAACUUCUGUGUAAUAAACAUUAUUAUACUUGUAA